AUGCAUGUCAUUGCCCUCCUCUACAACGACAAUGCCACACUGCGCCCAUGGAAGCCACACAACUUCUCCCGAGUCGGCCAAAGCGUAAUCUACAACGGAACCUGCUACCUUGCAGACCGCGGCAGCGCUUUAAUUCAUGUCAUUGACCUUGGAAACCGCCAUCACCAGACGACCAUCAAAGGGUUCUGCGGCAAACCCCCAAAGCAAGAAAGUACGACAACAUCUACUACCACCGCUGCUGCCGCUGCUACAAGUGCUUCUUCUACCUCACAGCUAGCCAAUACUCAGUCACCACCUGAACUACGGGACAUAUUAGCAACGGUCGGACCUAUGGCAUGA